AUGAACCCCUACCAUUCUCCACAGCCUGGAAAUCCUGCAUCCCUCGGCAUCAGUUCCCCUCGUUCACUUCGCCCUCGCGAGCAGCUGCACGCUUCAGCACCUCGAUACCACCCCUCUAUUCCUCAGGCACUAUACUCACCUAGUCAUGUCCCAGAGUCGGUAGCAGACCGCGAUCAGGAGGCGCAUUACCAUGAUCCACCGGCUCUGCACGAAGAGGAAACUUCCAUGGAGGGUACACCAGACUCUCGAGGCAGGUUCAUGGGUGGUCUUGUGAAUCGUCUCAGAAGAAUCUCCGGCGCUUUUUCGAAACAUCAUUCUCGAGAGUCGUUGUAUUCAGAGUAUCUCGCGGAAGCACAGGCAAUGGUCUCGCAGGAUGGCCGCUUCCCUACUCGAGUCACUUCACAGGCCCUGUCGGAGAUCCCAGAGACCAGUGCCGAGUUGGAUUCGGAGCCUCAGCCCACCGACGACGGUGACGACGCGAGAACUAUGUACCCGAGUCGUUUCGAAAUAGUCAGAUCGGACGGCACCCCGACGUACAUGGACUCUGAAGCAAGCUCCGAGCAUUCCAAAGCCGAAUCUAUCCAUAUUCCGCUUCCUCCCCCGGACACCUGGGAAUACUACCGAGUGCUCAUCAUCAUCUUUUUCCUUCGCAUCUGGCGGCUUCCCUGGUCGUCCCACAGAAUCGUUAGAGACUACGUCCCCGCGAGAGACGGGAGAGCUCGGAAAGCCGGGCACCAAAAGGUCGUGGAGUCGUGGUAUAAGCCGAAGAAUCGCAAGGAUGACAUGGAAAAACCGAACAUCUCCCCUCCUCAUCUGCUCAUUGUACCUGCCACACCGCAGCCGGGCAGCAUUCUGUCCGGGGCAUACUCCUCCGCGCUCCCCCAGCCUGUUGUUAUCCCUUCACCCUACUCCGAAGCUACAACUGCAAUACGUCCUAUGCGUACCCCGGGGACGGUCACUAGCGCGGGUAUGAAUCUACCAUCACCCGGGAUGUCGUCACAUGGCCAGGGCUAUCAGUCGGUACGGUAUAGCUGGUACUCCAGCUCUCCUCAGCAUUACCCCUGGCAAUAUCCUUUCCAGUCCUCCUUCACGUCACCGCAGACAUACAUAGACACUCCAGCGUCGGGUUAUCUCUCACCACGCUAAAGUUCAGGCAUACUGUCGAGUAGUACUAGCUUAGCACCAGUACUUGGCACCUAUGCUACCGCCCAAAGAUUUAGUCUUCGCAUCGCCAGGGGUAUUCGCUUACUCUGCUACGUCAGGACUAGUACUGUUAACGAUACCAUAAUGAUCUCCAUGAGC